AAUUAUCACGCAUGCGCAACUGUUGUAAGUCUAUCUUGUGAAAAUCCUAAGUAAAACCGAGAAAAAUGCCAUCAGAAAACUUCGAAGAUGAGGGUCUUCAGAAGAACCCAGACUUACAGAUAGCACAACUCCGAUUUCUUUUGACAUUGGAGAGUCAUAAAAAUGACAAGAAAACAAAAGAUGAUCUAUUGGCAGCGAUUAAAAAAGAAAGUAUGGCACCAUACUAUGAAGAAGUGUGCAAAGAACUUGGCUGGAAAGUAGAUGCUGCUGUCUUGAAAACAAUGAAAGAGAAAAAUGAGACAGACCUGAAGAAAUUAAAUGAAACACUGGAAGAUGCUGAACAGAAUCUUGGAGAAACAGAAGUACGAGACGCUCUCUUAGGGAAAGCAGAAUUCUUCUGUCGGAUAGGGGACAAGGAAUCUUGCAUGACAGUAUUCAGGAAAGCUUUUGACAAGACAGUUGCAUUAGGACACCGCCUUGACAUUAUCUUCCAUCUCAUCCGUGUUGGACUUUUCUGGAAUGACAAUGAUGUUAUCACCAGGAAUAUAGCCAAGGCAAAGAGCAUGAUUGACGAAGGAGGAGACUGGGAUCGGAGGAAUCGUCUCAAGGUCUACCAGGGUGUCUACAAUAUGUCCAUCCGGGAGUUCAAGACAUCCGCAAACUUUUUUCUCGAUACUGUCUCAACAUUCACCUCCUAUGAGCUCAUGGAAUACAAACAGUUUGUCAAAUACACAGUCAUCACCUCCAUGAUAGCACUGGAGAGGACCGAGCUGAGAACCAAGGUUGUGAAAGGAUCAGAAAUUCUUGAAGUGCUUCACAGCUUGCCCAAACUUCGAACAUUCCUCUUCUCUCUGUAUGAGUGUCGUUACGGAGAAUUCUUCCAGACUCUCGCCGAGGUUGAACAGGAAAUGAAGACAGAUAGGCUGAUGGCUCCCCACCAUCGAUACUACGUUCGUGAGAUGAGAAUUUUAGCCUACACGCAGCUGCUGGAGUCGUAUCGUAGCUUGACCCUUCAGUACAUGGCCGACACAUUUGCGGUCAGCGUGGAUUUCAUUGACCAGGAACUAUCCAGAUUCAUAGCAGCAGGAAGGCUUCAUUGCAAGAUCGACAAAGUUGGUGGUAUCGUCGAGACGAAUCGACCAGACAGCAAGAACUACCAGUAUCAGGCAACCAUCAAGCAGGGUGACAUCCUCCUCAACAGAGUACAGAAGCUGAGUAGAGUGAUCAACAUAUAGACCGAUGAGAAGAGACCACAUAAACAGACUGUCACAUGAGGAAAUUUAGCAGUGCCCCCACAAUCUCCUUUUUAAAAUCACAAAACAUAUUCUCAUCUGAUUUAAAAUCCCUUUUACUGAAAGGCUAGCUCUUCUUCGGCCAAAUGAUGCUAUUGGCCUGAAUUCACAAAGGAGGUUUAUUUACACAGCCCAAAAUUAGCCCAAAAUAAGCGUGACACAGUCAGAGGUCCAAUAUCAGAUGCGUGCAAGGCAAGGCAAGGUACACUUAAUUUGCACUAAUUUUAAACCAUGGGUUAUGUAAAUGAGGGUUUAAACCAUGGG